CGCCCGGCUAGGCGCCCGCACGCUCCGCCGCCGCGGCUUAGCCCGGACGACCGCAGCCACAGGGAGCUGGGCGGCGGCGCCGGCCCCGGUGCGUGGGUCACUCGUCGCAGGCCCGGGGGCUUGCGGGCGCCAGGGGCGACUCGGCUCCGGACACUGCGGGGCUGCGGGCUCGGCGCCCGGGAGGCGGGCGCGUGGCCGCAGGUGCGGGCGCCCCAGCCGACCGCGAUCGCGGGGUUUCCAUGAUGGGAGCGUAGUGAUGGGGAAGAUUGGGACACCCGGUCCUGUGGCUGCUGGGGAGAAGUAAUGGUACCCUUUGCACACCCGUAGCCCAGAAGAGCACAGGCAGGCACCAGGAGCCAGGAUGCGAGGAUGAUGCCUCCGAAGACCCCAGCUUCCCUCCUGCCUGGACGCUAGGAGCCGUCCCUGGGCUCUAGCCGGGAGCCCUGCCGCCCAGGGGCAUGGCCAGACCUUUCUUCCGACUCCAGAAGUUUCUCCGCAGAACGCAGUUCCUGCUGCUCUUCCUCACAGCAGCCUACCUGAUGGCUGGCAGCCUGCUGCUCCUGCAGAGGGCCCGAGUGGUCCUCCCCCAGAGCCCCCGUGCGCCCAGCACCCUGCAGGCCCUGCCAGUAGCCACCGUGGCACUGGGUGUGGACCUCCUGGAUGGCAGAACCCUGCACAACCCCCGUGUCAGCCCAGACCUGCUGCUGGACGUGGACUUGUCACGGAACCCCCUGGCUCGGGUUCCACCUGGAUUCCGCUGGCCCCGGAGGAACCGCAGCUCACUACGGCGCCGCUGGUUCCACCACUUCACCAGUGAUCCUCAGGGGCCACCUACCCUGGGCCCUGAGGCCCCUGGACCAGCCACCCGCAACCAAGACACUUACCUCGGCUGCUUCAGUGAUGAAGGCCAGGAGAGAACUCUGAAGGGGGCAGUGUUUUAUGACUUGAGAAAGAUGACUGUGUCCCACUGCCAGGACGCCUGUGCUGAGCGGUCCUAUGUCUACGCUGGCUUGGAGGCUGGUGCGGAGUGCUACUGCGGGAAUCGGUUGCCAGCCACUCGCACCAGCCUGGAGGAGUGCAACCAGGAGUGCAAGGGGGAGAAAGGCACAGCAUGCGGGGCUGGGGAUCGGCUCUCUGUCUAUCGUGUGGACGUACUGCAGCCAGGCUCCAGGAAGCGGCGGACAGCCACUUACCGCGGGUGUUUCCAACUGCCAGAGAACGUCACGCACACCUUCUCCACUGCCGUAAUGCAGGCCAACGUGACUGUGGAGACAUGCUCAGGAUUUUGUUCCCAGAAAGAGUUCCCCUUGGCAGUCCUCCGGGAUUGGGAGUGCUACUGUGCCUACCCUACCCCCCAGUUCAACCUGCGGGAUGCUGUGGACAGCUCGCUGUGCAGCCAGGUCCCCAAGGCACAGAGGCUGAUGGACUACUGCGAGGUCUACCAGACACCCGUGCAAGACACCCGGUGCACAGACAGGAGGUUCCUGCCCAACAAAUCCAAGGUGUUUGUGGCUUUGUCAAGCUUCCCAGGAGCCGGGAACACAUGGGCAAGACACCUGAUCGAGCACGCCACUGGCUUCUAUACAGGGAGCUACUACUUUGAUGGAACCCUGUACAAUAAAGGGUUCAAGGGUGAGAAGGACCACUGGCGGAGCCGGCGCACCAUCUGCGUAAAGACCCAUGAGAGUGGCCGAAGGGAGAUCGAGAUGUUUGACUCGGCCAUCCUGCUGAUCCGGAACCCUUUUAGGUCCCUGGUGGCGGAAUUCAACAGGAAGUGCGCCGGGCACCUGGGCUACGCACCUGACCACAACUGGAAGAGCAAAGAGUGGCCAGACUUUGUGAACAGCUAUGCCUCAUGGUGGUCCUCGCACGUCCUAGACUGGCUCAAGUACGGGAAGCGACUGCUGGUGGUGCACUAUGAGGAGCUGCGGCAUAGCCUGGUGCCCACUCUGCGGGAGAUGGUGGCCUUCCUCAACGUGUCCGUGAGCGAGGAGCGGUUGCUCUGCGUGGAGAACAACAAGGAGGGCAGUUUCCGGCGGCGCGGCCGGCACCCUCAUGAUCCAGAGCCCUUCACUCCUGAGAUGAAGGACUUGAUCAAUGGCUAUAUCCGAACAGUGGACCAGGCUCUGCGUGACCACAACUGGGCUGGGCUGCCCCGGGAGUAUGUUCCCAGAUGAUAGGUACUGGCUGGGGGCCACACACCCCUGCUAAAAGACGCAGCCACGCUGCAGGGCUGCAUUCCUGCUCGACACGACGCACUGUCCCGUGGACCUGAGAGUCAUGGCUACUUGUGCACAGUUGGCAGGGAGUCACUCGUGUGCUGUCUCCAGUGCAGGGAGACCGGAAUGCAAAGCCAGCCCAGACAGACACACAUCAUAGGACAGACACUAAUGGACACGCAUUCCUAGCCAGACACUCACAUGUUAGAUGCCACUCCACACUCACAGUGCCCAUUUCCAUGUGCCUAAGCCACCCAUAGAGGGUGUGCCAGACACUCCGAGCCUUGCAAAUGCAGCCAGACACAGAUGCACACACACAGGGCCCACAGAGGCUCUGUGCUCCCAGAGGCUUGACAGUUGUCUCUCUCACAUGCACGUGCAUACAGACGCCCAGGGCUGGGAGAGGUCCUGAUCUUCCUGUGUUCAUCCACAGUGUCAGUUUGCUCACCAGGGUCCUUAACUCUGGAAUGCCAGGCCGGGCUGGCAGCCAGGAUGGUGUGGGUGAAGGUGGGCUAACACGCUUGUUGUUGGGCCAUGCGGCUCUGACAUCCCAUAAAUGUGUGUGCUGUGACUACCAAGCACUUCAAACUCUGCAGCUCUGCCUUUAUCUCCUCUGUAAUGGGCAAAGAACCUGACUCUUACCUUGCUGGUCCACACAGUGACCUCAGAACCAGUGGCUCCAGCCUUGUGCACAGGCCCGCCACCCCUUCCAACUCAUCU